UUGAUAAAAGUGUACUGAAUUAAAACAUUGCAAAAAUUGAACGCUGAGGACAGUUGUAUUGCAAACACGCAAUGUGCGUGAGCCAAACUUAUUAAGACACAUAGUAUUUUUUUAAGAUUUAACUAAGAAAAAAACAAGUUUGUGCAUUGGACGCCUUAAACGGAUAUAAACAUGUAUAUAGGGAGUUACGUUUAUAUUCCAUGGUGGAUUGAUGGCCCAGUUGGGUUUAUAGUCACCGUCGUUGCUCUACUGUACAUGUACACAACAUAUAAACAUGGCUACUUUCGAAGGAGGGGAAUUAAAUGCGACACACCGGUGCCGUUUAUGGGUCACUUGAAGCAACUUUUCGCUCUUGGUUCGCAUGAGUACGACCGACAGUGUGCGAAGCGUUACGGCGGCGUAUGGGGAUGCUUCUACGGGAAUUACCCCGUCGUCAUGGUAGGAGACCCGGACAGGGUCAAGGAAAUCUUGAUCACGCAGUUCUCCAAGUUCUAUAAUCGCAGCGACACGGUCCAGGUUUCUAAGGUGUGGGAGAACUCGGUGAACAACGCCAAGGGGGUCAAAUGGAAGUACCUCCGGGCCAUAUUACAACCGACCUUCAGCUCGGGGAAGAUUAAGAGUAUGAGACCCAUUCUGAAACGCUGUCUUGAUACUAUGAUUGAAUGCCUGGAUGAGCGGUUGGAAAAGUCGGAGGACCAGGUUAUUGACAUGGGUGAACGAUUCAAGACGUUGACAAUGGACGUGAUAUGCUCCACGGCGUUUGGGAUUGAAGUCGACUCACAGAGACAUCCAGAUGACCCUUUUGUAAAGCAUGCGUCGAACAUACUGGACGGAAGUAUUACACGAACUGUCCUUAUGUUAAACUUCUUGUUUCCAGACAUUCAGCCGCUGAUUAAAUUCCUUUCAAAGGACUUCAAUGAUCCAGACGCGAUGCAGUUUUUAGACAAAACGGUUCGAAAGGCUAUUCAAGAACGGCGAAAAAACAACAGCGGCGAGUUUAACGACCUUCUGAAGCUCAUGAUGGACACGCAAACGGACAGUCCAGACAACGGUGUCUCCAGCGAUAAAUCAUUUGAACAAAUGAAGCAAAGCGGGAUGAGUGAAAAUGACAUCACCAUUAAUGGGAUCAUAUUCCUCGCUGCAGGUCACGAGACUACAGCCGCCUUGCUUGGAUGGCUCGCGUACGUUCUGGCGCAGCAUCCGGAAGUCCAGGACCGGCUGGUGGAGGAAGUGGAUGCUCUGGACGGUCGACAUACGACAGAUAACAUCACGUACGACUCAAUCUUAAAGAUGGAUUUCUUAGAGAUGAUUAUGCAGGAGACACUACGUCUGUACCCACCAGUCGGCCGCUUUAAUCGCCAACCCACGAGAGACAUCACCAUAAAUGGCUUUCACUUCGAGAAAGGCAUGGACAUCACCUUUUCUACAAACGCCAUUCACCGGAAUCCGAAAUACUGGCCGGAGCCGGAAAGGUUUGAUCCGGAACGCUUUUCACCUGAAAACAAACAGAAGAUCUACCCAUAUAGCUACAUUCCCUUUGGCGGUGGUCCUCGAAAUUGUAUCGGAAUGAAACUGGCGCUCGUGGAAGCCAAGAUGGCGCUUGUACGGUUGUUACAGAACUUCCGAUUGGAGCGCUCUGACCGCCUUAAGGUGCCACCGGUGGUCGAGAACGCGGGUGGGUUGCUUAGACCACGUGACUUGUAUAUUAAGCUUGUGAGAAGAUAAAGCUUUUGAUGAAAAUGUUUAUUCAUGUUUAUUUUUCAUAGACAGUGUAUUUACUAGUUGGGACACUUUGCCUUCUUUGAUACACAUGACAUAUUAAACAACCAAAAUAACAUAUAUUUUGUAUAGGUAUGAUUAAGCUGCACUGUCACAACAACAGUUGAACACCGUUAAUCCGAAAUCGUAGGGACCAAACAGUAACUUCGGAAUAACGAUGUUUCGGAUUAACAAUAGUUGUUGAUUAAGUGCAGCUUUAAGUUUUAUAUUGUCCUAGAUAACAGUAACAUUUGCAUAUGCGUAUUUUAAUUAAUAUUAAUUUUUGGCACGUUUAGACCACAGGGGAAAAUAUCAGUCAUAUUUCAUGAUUCGUAUUAUAUAACAUAAUUAUAUUUUGUUAUUGAAGGGUACAUGAACAGAACCGUAAUAGCUGUAAAAGGUGUAUUCCUAUACAUAGCAGGCUUAAAUAGUAAUGACAUAAUAACACUCAAUGUCAUGGAAUCAAAAUCUAUGACAGUCAGAUGUAAUGUUAUGCAUUUGAGCUGGAUUUUGCAGCUAUUUUGAUAAAUUUCAAUUCAUCCCAAUUGUACCCAUGGCAACAAUUACUAUGAAACUUCCAUGUGAUGAUAUAUUUUUUUUUAAAUUAAUAUUAUUGAUGUUAUGAUUAUUUUUUAAUAGAAAUAAAAUCAAUGUAUUCAAUUUUAA